CCAUCAAAUUAAUAUUUUCGGAGUGGCGGAAGGUGAUCAGCAAAUGAUUGACACUUUUGGUAACUAUCAAAUAAAUGUAGAAUCAACAUAUUUACUCGGAGGUUUGCAUCCUAUUCCUACUUACAGUGUUCUUUUCUUUCUCUUCACACUUGUGCUUUUUGUAUUUAGGCGAUACAACCUAUUUUUUUAUUUUUCAGUCAUAAAUUUCAUUAUGAGUGUGGGUCUGCGUCAGAGAAGAACUUUCAAUUUCAUAUGAAACUUUUUCCAAUCAUUACUUUGAGAAAUAUUUACUGACAUACAUUUUUACGCAUUUUUUAACACAUUUUUUUACUUAUAUUUGAAACCAUAUAUUGUGAAUCUCACUUUGCAUGUAUUUAGUCAUCUCACUUAUAAUUUUGUUAUUUUUAAUAAAUUGUAACUAAUAAUAAUAUAUUAAAGUAGAUAAUAUUGUAUGUAUUUUUUCAUCUUGAGGUCUGCAGUCAAUAAAGUUAUUGGUAUUAUUAUUACAAUUAUUAUUUUAUUUUACAAAUUUUUUUCCUUGAUUUUUGUUGAAGUUUAAAAAUGAUGACUAUAAUUUAUUUAUCUCAUGUUGCAUUGAAGCGACUCAAUGGACCCACACAAUGAAUUUUGAUGGUUUAAUUAACUACGGAAAUAAUGCACAAUCAAUAACUUUACCCGAAGCAGGUGAGCGUGGAGUGAGUGGAAGCAGCCAUGUUCUCGAACAGUUAAAUGAGUUGGUAUGCGAUCUAACAAGAGAGGAAGAAGACAUUAAGGGUCAAUUACAAUGGUUGGAGUCACGGGGCAAGAAGCCAAAGAGUCAAGUUGACCAUUGGUUAAAUAAACUACAGGACCUCAAAACAAGAGCUGAUCAUAGCAUGCAGCAGUUAGGAUCGAUGGAAAUACAGGAUUUGAUUAUAGAAAAGGCAUGUCAUAUGAGAAAGAAGCCUCUAGUGGUGUCAAAUGAAUUUGUUGGCGAGGAUUUUGAGGAAAAUGUUGACAAGAUAUGGAAGCUUCUGGGGGAUGAUGAAGUUUUGAUUAUUGGCAUACACGGAAUGGGGGGAGUGGGGAAAACAUUCCUAGCAACUUAUAUGGAGAAUGAGAUCAAAAGAAAGAAAAGUUUCAAGCAUGUCUUCUGGGUCACUGUUUCCCAUGAUUUCACCAUUUUCAAAUUGCAACACCGCAUUGCAGAAACAAUGGGGUUAAAGCUUUACAGAGAUGAUGAGAGAAGUAGAGCAACAAUUUUGGCAUCUGAGUUGGAGAAAAUAGAAAAAUCAGUACUUAUUUUGGAUGAUGUUUGGAAAUAUAUUGAUCUAGAGAAGGUGGGAAUUCCUCUUAAAAUGAAUGGCAUUAAAUUGAUUAUCACAAGUCGUUUGAAACAUGUGUGCCAACAAAUGGAUUGUUUGCAAAAAGAUAUGAUAACAGUGUAUCCUUUAGAUGUGAUUGAUGAGAAAGAUUUAGAUUGGAAGUUAUUUUUGCUAAAAUUAGGACACCAUGGAAUACCUGCAACGCUUUCCCCUAAAGUAGAAGAGGUUGCAAGAUCCGUUGUAAAAAAGUGCGAUGGUUUACCAGUUGCAAUCAGUGUGAUGGCUAGAAGCAUGAAGGAGCAAGAUGACAUUCAUUGGUGGAAGCAUGCAUUGAAUAAAGUUGAAAAUUUUGAAAUGGGAGAAGAGGUGAAAACCGUACUAAAGCGUAGCUAUGAUAAUUUAAAUGACAAGGACUUGCAAAAAUGCUUCUUAUACUGUGCACUAUUACCUUAUGAUAAUAAAGGGAAUUGGGUUCAAAAGCUUGUUGAGAGGGGACUGUUGAAUGGAAAGAGGAGUUUCGAAGAAAUGAUUUAUGAGGGGAAUGUCAUGGUAGAUAAACUCAUAAACCAUUCUUUGUUGUUGUGGGAUGGGUGGGGUCCGAGAAUGCAUGAUCUGGUGAAGAACAUGGCAUGCGAUAUAAUGAAAUACAUGGUAAAAAUUAAUAAAAAAUUGAAAAAGAUACCUGACAUGGGGGAAUGGAGAGAUGAUUUGGAGGCAGUUUCUUUGGUGUGGAACAAAAUAGAAGAAAUCCAAGAGGGUGCAUCGCCUGAAUGUCCACGCUUAUCCACCUUAAUUUUAUCUCAUAAUCCCAUCGCUCAUAUUUCGGACUCUUUUUUUACACGCAUGAAUGCUCUGACAGUUCUUGAUCUAUCAAAUAAUACAAAAUUAAUAUCAUUACCGAAUUCACUAUCAAACCUGAGGUCUCUUAUUUCUUUAGUACUUGAAAAAUGUCCAAAAUUAAAAAAUAUACCUCCACUGGAGAAGCUACAAGCAUUGUCAACAUUGGUCAUUUCAUGUUGUUCCAUCGACCAAGUACCGCAAGGCUUGGAAAAUCUAAUAAAUUUGAAAUGGCUUGACUUGUCCCAGAAUCGUUUAAUACCAUUACCAGUAGCAGCAGAAGGUGUACUAUCCCAUUUGACCAAUCUGCAACUUUUGGAUCUCUGUGGUUGGUCGAUUAUAAAAGUAGAAGACGCAAAAGAGAUGACUAUGCUUGAAUGUUUUCGAGGAGAGUUUCUGGACCGGGAUAACUACAAUCAUUACGUGCAACAAAUCUUGAACAACGGUUAUAGACCUAAAACUUAUGAUAUCUAUUUUGGAAUGCACAACUACUACUUGUACAAAAGGGGAAUUUUUCAAGAGUUUAAUCUUCGAAGCUUAUGGUUUGCAGACUGCACAGAAAAACCCUAUUUACUGCCAAGAGACCUUGUGGAGUUGACUGUAUGUCACAAUUAUCAAUGGAAAUACUUAUGUGCUGCUUUGUCGUCUAAGGAUCCUCCAUCUUUUAAAAAUAUUUCCAUUAAAACAUGCACAAAACUGAAGAGAUUAUUUUGUUUAUCUAAUGCUUGUUCCGCAUGUACUUGUAUCCAAACUACCCCUUUUCACAUGCUUACUCCUCAGACUCGAACAGAGGUGUUCCGUCAUCUCCUGCAUUUUAAAAUCUCAUAUUGUGAUAAAAUAGAGACGUUGCUGACAUCAGAGUUAGUGCCAUCACUUACAAAGUUGGUGACAAUUCAAGUAGAGAACUGUAUAUCAUUGAAGGAGAUAUUUGCAGGUGGUGGUAGUAUUAGACUCCCCAAGUUGACCGCAUUAACAUUGCGGAAUCUACCACAGUUGCAAACAGUGUGCAAUGGAGAUUUAUUUUGUGCAUCUCUGGAUGCACUCAACCAAGCUGACUGUCCCAAUUUAAGGUUGCCUAAAAUAAAACUCGUGUGAUUCACUCUGCUAAUUUGUUAUUCCGCUUCUACUUUUACAUUCAUCAUUAUUAUUGAUAUAUGUGGUAAUUGGUUUCAGCAAGAAUGUAUUUCCCUUUUGGAUAAAUAAAUCUUGUCUUUA